AGAAAAAUGGUCUGUGACGGCAGUGCCCUGGGCAGGCCCUUUAUUACAUAGACAUGGUUAUGGUCACCACUUCUGGCACCCUCACACUGCACCCUUCAUUCUCUGUCAUAAUCAUAGUUCAACCGUGUAAAAAGGCUUUUACCAUUAUUCCACUCCUUCCCUUCACCUCUCGCUUUUCAGACACCAAACUGUCUGAGGUUUAUUAGGAAACCCUCCUUCCCCACUUUAUCUAACCUUUUUGCUCUCAACUUUCUUUCUGCCUUUCGUUUCACACACCUCCACAAAUGGAUGAAUGGAAGACAGACGCACACAUUCCGGAGUUUGGGAACUGGGAUUUAACCAAUGACUUUCCAAUCACUCGCUAUUUCGAGUGUGCAACACAGCCCCGUCCGCUUCGUUACACCUCCUCCUCCGCCGAAACUCGUCUCCACAACAAACCUCCUCGCCCCCUUCGAAAUCAUACCAAACAGGAAACUAGGAACAAGGGAAGGAGGUGCCCGCAUGGUAAAGGAAAAGCGUACGUAGUCAAGGAACAGUCAAGGAAGCCAAACCGAAGAAGGAAGCAUAUGCAGGUGCAACAAGAGGACACCGUUCGGCGAACUCCCAAACCCGUUGACGAAGAUCUCUACAAGAUCCCUCCCGAACUCCUCCACACUUCCAACAAACGGAAGAAAAUUAUGGGGUUCAUUUCCAAGUGUUUUGUACAGCUUUCGUGUCACGAGAACUGCUAAGCUAGAAUUGCUGCGAAUGAAUCUCGAACGCUGUGAUUGGAAGGAGAAUUUUGGAGAGAGAAGGGAGAAUGUGUAUGACAGUGAUGCUUGUUGGUUUUUAAUAUGGGAUUAAGGGGUGAAUGUAUUUUGGUUUUUUAAAUUUAUGUUUUUGAGGGGAAUAUUAUAUAUAGUUUCCUAAUUCAUUGGAUGAAGUGAGAUUAGGAUGAUUCUGAUACGUGUUGCACGUGGAGUGAGUGAAUGUGAGUGUCUAACGUUAAUUAAUACUAAGAGUGAAUGCAGACGUUGCAAUUGGUGGCGGUUGUGUGGUGUCUCUUAUAUUGGAAUGAUGCUCUUGGUUUUGCUGGGAUCAUGCAUUCAUGCAUUAACUACUCGUACCAUCUAUUGUCACUUUCACCAAGCAAACAUCUUUUCUUAGCCAUGACAACACAAUGAACCAUGGAACUAGGUGGGCUAUGGUGGACCACAAUAUUCAUACAUUUAGAUUAAUCAAGUUACUGUAGUUUAGCUCGCACCAGUUUUUUCAAAUGCUCUUGCCACACUAGGAAAUCACCUCGAACAUGUAGUUUCGGUUUUGUUUUCCUCUCUCUUCUCAUCUCCAACUCCCUUCACCGGAUCCUUCAUAACUAUGCUUCCGUCUCGUGAUGACUUCAACAGCGCUAUAUUCCUCCAUGAGCUCUUCAACGUAAACCUAGGUAUGGAUCCGACAUCAAUAACAUCAUCGUACUUCAACGUUCUAGAAGCGCCAUAAUACUAAACUUGGAUCUCUACGUUUCCAAAAAAACAGAGAAAGGAUU